GAACCAGGGAAGGAAGAAUCUGUGAGCUGGAGCCUGUACGCCUGCGGGACUGUAGCGUGGUGCUGGAGAGAAUCUGUGUGAGAGAGCAAGGCGCUGGAGAGGAAGGCUCUCCCAACAGCACGCAAGGAGGUGGAAAGGAAGACGGGCGCUCCCAUUCAGAAUGCAGUCUAGCAGGUUCCAGUCCAGCAGCUAAAGUGAGGGCGGUCGGUGGAGAAUAUCCUGACUGUGGGAAAGGUUUCACCCAGUUAGGGCAUUUUAAAAUACACCAGCGAAUGCACACAGGAGAGAAACCGUAUUGCUGCUCUGACUGUGGGAAGAGUUUCAGUCAGUCAACCAGCCUUGUUUCACACCAGCGAACUCACAGAGGAGAGAAACCGUAUCGCUGCUCUGACUGUGGGAAGAGUUUCAGUCAUUCAGUAACCCUGAAAGCACACCAGCGAACUCACAGAGGAGAGAAACCGUAUCGCUGCUCUGACUGUGGGAAGUGUUUCAGUCAGUCCGGAAACCUUGUUUCACACCAACGAACUCACACAGGAGAGAAACCGUAUCGCUGCUCUGACUGUGGGAAUUGUUUCAGUCAUUCAGUAACCCUGAAAGCACACCAGCGAACUCACAGAGGAGAGAAACCGUAUCGCUGCUCUGACUGUGGGAAGAGUUUCUGUUUUAAACAAGGCCUUCAAAAACACCAGCGAAUUCACAGAGGAAAGAAACCUUAAAAACUAUGUUCAAGCAUCUGUACAAAUCUUAGGUACAGAAAGUCAAAUGGUUUAAUCUGAGUUCUAAUGAGAUUGACUGUACAAUUAAACCUGGUGUGUGCUGAUUAAUUAAUUAAUUAAUUAUACAACACAAUGUUAAAAACAACGCCCAUGUCUAAAUUGCAUUCAAAUGAACAUGUAUUUUUUUUUAAAGCUUGUUGUCAAAUUGAGUUCUGGCGCUCUGCCUUUCUGCGUCGUUCUCAAGUUAACCAAGUACUUUAUACAAGAUUACGGAUUUGCUUACGUUUCAACAAACUGAAACGAGAUGCGUGAACACGAGUGAGUUUGUGUUUUUAUAAGGAGUGUGAGAUUAUAACAAUCAGACAAACACUGUGUUAUGAGGAAAUGUGUGUAAUUGAGUUCUAAUGAGACUUAAUUGUACAAUUAAACCUGGUGUGUGAUGAUUGAGCGAUUUGAUUAAUAUACAACAGGAUACUAAACCAUGCUAAAGAAAGAAUACUGCUCCACCUAGGGAAUACUGUCAGCAGAACCCGCCUACUAAAUAAUGGGCCCCCGCAAGGCUCUGUGCUCGCACCGGCACUGUGACGUGUAUGUAAGUGACCUCCCCGUCACCACCAGCCGAAAGCUUGGCUACCCCGAUGACCGGGCUCAUGCCACCCAAAGAAGAACUCAGGACGAGGUCGAAACAGACACCUGCGCGAAGACCUCUAAAAACUUGAAGCAUAUUUCAAAUGCUGGAGGCUUCACCCUAACCUAAAGGAUACUGUUGAGCAGCAGCUGCCUAAAGAGUAUUGGAUCAAAGCUGGUGGUUUGAGAAAUGCAGCAGUGACCCUUCUGACUGCAGACUGGGCAGACUUCAUGCUGACUGUACUGUCACUACCCUCUGCCAACGCUGAAGUGGAGCGGGUAUUUAACUUGGUUAAAACUGACUUGCGCAACGUCUCCUUCACAGCACAGUCGAGCAGCUGCUGAAUGUGAAGUUUGGAUUACGAGGAACUACAGAAAUGGAGAAGGGGCUGAACUAAUAUAUAGCAGAGCCUGAUAUAGAUGUGAUACAGCCCUCUGAAAUGUCUUUACUAUAUUGCAGACACUGAUGUUGAUGUGAUACAGCUAUCUGGAAUAUCAUACAGCACCACGUGGCAAUGUGCGUGAUUCUCGGUGUGUGUGUAAGUGAGGGAGUGAGUCAGUGUGAUGGGGUGGGUAAGCAAAGGAGUGAGUCUCGGUGUGACCGGGUGUGUAAGCGAGGGAGUCAGUCUCAGUGUGAUGGGGUGUGUACGUGAAUCAGUGUGACGGGGUAAGCGGGGGGGAGAGAGUCUCAGUGUGAUGGGGUGUGUAAGCGAGGGAGUGAGUCUAGGUGUGUAAGCGAGGGAGUGACUCAGUGUGAUGGAAUGUGUAAACGAAGGAGUGAGUCUGUGUGACGGUGUGUAAGCGAGGGAGUGAGUCUAGGUGUGACGGGGUGUGUAGGCGAGGGAGUGAGUCUAGGUGUGACGGGGUAUGUAAGCGAGGGAGUGAGUCAAUGUGAUGGGGUAAGUGAGGGAGUGAGUCUCAGUGUGACGGGGUGUAUGAGAGUGACGGGGUGUGUACACGAGGGAGUGAGUCUCAGUGUGACUGGGUGUGUACACGAGGGAGUGAGUCUCAGUGAGACUGGGUGUGUACACGAGGGAGUGAGUGUGAUGGGGUAAGUGAGGGAGUGAGUCAGUGUGAUGGGAUAAGUGAGGGAGUGAGUCUCAGUAU